CUGAAAGCGACACUCGCUUUGCCAUUGGUCCCGACGAACGGGAAUUCGUAGGACACCGGCCACCAAACGGCCCUGAACUUCCUGCACUAAAGUGCGCGACACACCUAUUGGCAGCCAUGAUGCUGACCAAAAUUGUGCUUGUGGUCUCGGCACUACCACUGCUGAGCGCGGCCUUUGACCCGUCCGCCGCGGAGGUCACCAACCUGCCGGGACUCAUCGAACCCAUCAACUUCAGGCAUUACUCGGGGUUCCUUCACGGUGCCGAAGGCCGAAUGCUUCACUACUGGUUUGUGGAAAGCCAGCGCUCGCCAUCCGACGAUCCCGUGAUUCUGUGGAUGAACGGAGGACCCGGAUGUAGCUCACUAGUUGGGCUUGCCAUGGAGUUGGGUCCGUUCCGCAUCGAUCCCUCAGGCGUGAACAUAACGUUGAACCCGUACAGCUGGAACAAGAUUGCGAACGUGAUAUUCCUUGAGGCGCCGGCGGGCGUGGGUUACUCGUACGACCCCUCCGGAAGCAACUCUACUGACGACUACAACGCCACCGAAGACAACUACCGGGCCGUACUGGAGUUCUUCGACAACUUCCCGCAGUUCAGGCAGAACGAUUUUUACGUGACUGGCGAGAGCUACGCCGGCGUUUUCGUUCCUCUGCUAGCUCAACGCCUUCUCGAUCAGCCCCACGGAAUAAACCUUAAGGGUUACGCCAUCGGCAACGGAGCGGUGGAUUUCGAGCUUCACGGCAAGGCGAUCAUGUUUUUCGGCUACUACCACGGCCUAUUCGGAGACGACCUUUGGAACGAAGUCACAUCGAACUGCUGCAACGGUACUGUCUCGAAAGAGACGUGCGACUUCGCGUGGUACACCCAUGACCCUGCCUGUGUUGACCCGGUGAACAUCGCGUACGAAAUAAUUCUCGGGAGAGGGCUGAACUUGUACAACCUGUACGUGCCAUGCGACAUUAAAACACUACCGCGGGAACUGCUCUCGAGACGUCAUCCGGAGAUCACCAGCCAAUACGCAACUUUGCAGCUUCUGACCAAGAUGCUUGGUCUGCAAACCUCGGACACUGUCGUAGACCAUAACUGCUACAACCAGGACAACUUGCUGCUCUACUACAAUAGACGUGACGUCAUCGAAGCACUGCACGUUGAGCAAUCUCCUCAUGUGUGGGUGCCGUGCUCAACAAUCCUAAACUUCACCCAGCAGCACACGACUAUGCGGGAGGUAGUCCAACAACUGGCCGAAUCUGGCCAUCUCAAAGGCCUGAUAUACCACGGUGACGUAGACAUGGCCUGUCCAUUCCAAGGAGGCGAAUGGUUCACUCGCAGCUUGGGAUAUGAGACCACCUCGCAGUACAAGAUGUGGCACGUUGGACCAAUCAUUGCCGGUUUCGUGCAGACCUUCGCUAACAACAUCACUUUCGUCACCGUGAAGGGCGCCGGCCACAUGGUUCCCAUGGACAAAGCACAGGAAUCACUGGUGAUGAUAUCAAACUUUCUUUCAAACCGGCCGUUUUAAUGAAAAAAAAAAUCCUGUGGUGCGGAGUGAUAAAGGAAUGCAAUAAAAAGACUGCUCUCCGUUGA